AUGACGGUUGACAAUGGCAAGGAGCGUCCUGCUGCGUUAGAUGAACACACAAUGCAGAAUAUGCGAAUUGCAGAGAAGAUGGGCGCCAAAACUUUUGAAGAGAAUACGUCUAUUUUACGCCGCGUGGCGUGGCGAGGGGCACGUGCGUUCGUUGUCUGUGGCAUUGGCAUGGCCGCCUUUGGGUACGCGAUGCGGCGGCGGCGGCUGCAGCUGCAGCAAGAAGAACCGCGGAAGCGGGGAAAACUUGAAGAAGACUCAACGGCGCGCUACCUGGAGGAGAUGCGGGGGCUCGGGUUUGAUGUGGAUACACUUGAGGAGGAGCUGGAGGCGGAGCGGAGGGCGGGCAAAACAAACUGA